AUGAAGGUCAGGAAUGCCUCAAACGCAAUUAAGUACAUCCUCAGGCCGGAUGGUUCAAAGUCAGAAACAUUGGAGGAGAUUCACCAGCUAGCUGAGGGCUGUUGGUCUUUUUUGUGGGAUAUUAUCCACAGCGAGAAGCAUCUAUCAACUAUUACAGAAACCGAAGGUUGUCAGAUAAUCGAAACUAGGAUCUGUGCUUUGCCCGACGAUUUGCUCUUGCGAAUCUUGUGCUACGUCCCCACAAAAGAUGCAGUCGCCACUUCAGUCUUGUCUAAACGAUGGCGUUAUGUCUGGACGAUGCUGCCUAUACUCGAGUUCAAAGACGAUGGCAGCGAGGGCGUUGGGUGGUUUAUUGAUAAUUCAUUGCAACUCCAUAAGGCACCGAAACUAUAUAAUUUGAUUGCCGAAGUCGGUCCACGUUGUCCUGUUGAUGUAAAUGUUGGAAAGUGGGUUGAGAACGCAGUUCAUAAAGGUGUGGAAGUGUUAGAUUUCAAGCUCCUAUGGACCGCACAGCCCACAAGCUUUCGUAAGUGGCUUUACACAUGCAACACGCUCGUUGAUUUAACUCUAUCCAACCAGAUUGUAGUGGAUGUUUCUUUCCCGGUUCGCCUACCAUCUCUCUUAUAUCUGACUCUUGAAUACGUGGUGUAUAAAGACGAAGACUCUCUUUUUAAGCUUUUAUCAAGUUCCCCUGUUCUCGAGUGGCUGAUGGUGAGUCGACGUGAGGAUGACAACUUGAAGAACUUUACCGUGAAAGUUUCUUCCUUAGAAACAUUAUUUUAUGAGGGUGCUGAGGUAGGGGAUAAUGAGUUUGAUGAGGUAGGGGAUAAUGAGGUUGAUGAGGUAGGUGAUAAUGACUUAGCGAUUGAUGAGGAAGAGGAUGUUGAUGAUCUCAGUGGAUGGUUGAUAAUAGAAUCCCCUUCAUUGACAAAGUUGGACUUAUUUGACGUUUCGGACUAUUGCUUGAUAGAGAAUAUGUCUUGCCUUGAUGAGGCAUUCAUCAGUAGUGUUCCUAACCACGAUGAAAAGUUUCUGAGAUCUCUUUCUUCUGUCAUACAUCUACUUUUAUUGUUUACCAAAUCAAUGGUUGCAAGCUGUAACGCCAUCAAGUUCUCUCGGCUUAUAGAGUUUUACUUUCGUCCAGAUGAUUUAGUAGAUUGGUUGGAACCACUUAUGUCUUUGCUUAAAAAUUCUCCUAAACUAAAAACUCUUACGAUUGACACUGAAAUCAGCGAUCACCCACUUUCCUGGAAUCAGUCGAGUUCUAUAUCAGGAUGCCUGUUGUCUCAUCUAGAGACAUUGGGGUGGAGAGGCUAUGGAGGAAGAGAAUAUGAGAAAAAACUAUUGGACUACAUUCUCGCAAACUCAAAGUGUUUAAAGACAGUGAAGAUCUCCCUCUUAGCAACCUGCAAUCUUGAAGAGACACAAAAGGAGUUAAAAUCUAUGCCUAGGAUGUCAACAUCAUCUCUAAUCUCCACUCAAAUGACAUGGAGGUUUAACGGAAUCACAAUUGAGUAGCCACAUAAUGACUGUCUAUGAUCGUAAGGUUCUUCUUUGUCAGUACAACUAUAUAUGUUUAGAGGACUUUAUCUUAAUUCCAAGCCUGGUUAACAGAAGGCCAAAGCCAGCGACAAC